AUGGUACAUAAUUAUCAGAAAAAGAUUGAUGAACUUUUGAAAAAAGCCCGUUCACAAGAUUCAAGCAAUAUUGUUAAAACAAGUAUUGCUACUGGUAAAUUGUCACCAGAAAAAUCACAACAACUGUUAGAAGAUGCGUGGUCCAGUAAUUCAAAAGUUGGUGUUGGAAACGGAUAUAAUUUAGUUGUCAAUUCAAGAAAAAGAAAGAGUACAAAAAUCAGCAAAAUACAUAAAAUUUUAAAACCAUCACGUAUUAAUAAAAAAAGAAUACUAUUUCCCAAAGGAAGCAAUACAUCACCUAAAUCACCAGAAUAUUAUUCGUCUUCUUCAGAUUCAAGUUCGGACUCUACUUUAAAUACUAGAAAAAAAUUGAGGAGUCGAGAAUUCACACCUGAAAAAAUUUCAAGGAACCAAGAAGAAACACCUACAAAUGCAAAUAUACUAGAAAAUUAUUUUCAUUCUGAAGGUCAACAUCAAAAUGCCAAUAGAUCAAUUAGAACCUUCACUGAAGAUAAUAUAGAUGAUGCUUCUCCAGAUACUAAAAGUAUUUUAACAUUAGCGAAAAAUUGCAAUUCGGAUGAUGGAUUUAAUUUACUAUUACAAAAUUAUCAAAUGGAAAAUCAAAAGGUAUACAAUCCUUUUUUUAAACAGAAGGUUGGCGACACAUUACAAAAUAAAGGAUCAGUAUUAUUACCAACUGAUUCAUCAGCACGCGUAUUGGAGUUGGCUUAUCUUUUAGAUCAACAUUGGGCUUUUCAUCAGUUGUCAUAUCCACUUAUCUUGUUAACUCAUCAAAGUUACCGUACAAUCCAGUACACUAAAAGUAUGCUAGAAUGGAUGGGUGAUGCUAUCAAAAGACAUUUUGACACAAAAAGAGAAAACCCUUUUGAAUUUAGGUAUCUAAAAUUAUGUCAUAGAUAUAAAGAUCUUGCAAAAUAUCCGGGACCAAAAGUGGUACUUGCAAGUAAUGUUAGUUUAGAAACAGGGUUUUCCCGUGAAUUUUUAUUCGAAAUAUCAAAAUCAGAUAUAAAUGCUCUUAUUCUGACUGAUCGUGGACCACCAAAUUCUUUGGCAAGAAAGUUAUAUCAUGAAUGGGAUCGUAAAAGUCAAACAAGUCAAGGAGUUGUCAAACCAGCAGCUGCUUUGGAUUUAACUAUUAACCUGAUGAUUAAUAAAAAAGUUCCUUUAGAAGGUGCUGAGCUUUUAGAAUAUAAAGCAGAACAACGCAAGAAGCAGGAAAGAGAGGCAGCACAGGCAGCGCUUAUAGCCAAAUCUUUGUCAAUAAUUGAAGAAGAUGAGACAGAUGAUGAAGAGUCGGAAGCAGGAGAUACUGACAUGGAGGAAUUAUUAGCAAAACAAUUUGACCUUUAUGUGCGCGAUGCAACAAAAUAUGGAGGUUUUUUUAAACAAACACAAAGUUAUUUGAUGUAUCCAUUUGUUGAAAAAAGGAAAAGAUAUGAUGACUAUGGUGAGAUUAUUCCAUCUGAUAUGUUUAAAAGAGUUGGUGGAUCAAUUGGUACCGAGGGAAUUGGUAUUGAGCCAAUUGGUGAUAGAGAUGAUAUGGGUGGUGGGGAUAAAGAGGAGUUUGAUAAGGACAAUAAUAAUUCUUCUUUGGAUUCCAAUGUUCCAACCAAAUAUGUAUUGUAUGAUGAGGAUGUUACUUUCAAAUGUCAAAUACGAUUUAUAGAUUUGGAGGGAACUAAUGAUGGAAGGUCAUUGAAAACCAUAGUACCACAAGUACAACCUAGAAAAUUGAUUGUUGUACAUGCAUCACAAGAAGCCACGAAAGAUUUUGCUCAAAGCUGUUUAGCUCUGGAAUCAAUGACCAAAGACAUUUAUACUCCAGAUGUUGGAGAAACUUUGAAUGUUUCGGCUGCAAUAAAUUUUUAUCAAGUCAAAUUGACUGAUUCAUUAAUCAGUUCAUUGAAUUUUUCAAAGGAACAAGAAGAACAACUUUUAGAAAAUUUAUCAUAUCUUAAUAUUUUAGAACAAGAAUUACACCGUAAAAGUAAAGAAAUAGAAAAUGAGGAGCGAAUUUUGAAAGAGAGAGAACAAGAACUUGAAAAUAGGAAGCAACGCUUAAAAUCCAUCAGUUCAAAAUCCAGCUCUGAUUCUGAUUUAUCUAAAAACACAAAGAACACUUCUGCUACUAACACUAUUUUAGACAAUGACAGCAAUGAUGAAAUUCCAUUAAAAGAUGUUGAACAACAUUCUUUAUAUAAUGAAAGUAGCCUUUAUCCUGACACAGCUGUACAAUCAAUUCUCUCGCAAGGUUUAUCAAGUAUUAGUAGUCAUCACCUGCAAUCAUCUGUUGAUAGUGCAUCAAAUUCUUCUACCAUAAACGACGAAAUCAUUCGGCAACAGCAACAAAAUCAACAACAUUUAUUACAAAGACAAAUUCUUGAUCUUCCAGACAAUUCUCGUUUUUUAUCACCCAAUCCAUCAGAAGAUGCGUGGUCUGAAAUUGGAUCUAUUAUUUCAGAGGAUGUUGGAAGUGAAAUGUCAUCUGCAGUUGACAUUGAUAUGGAAGAAACACAAAUCCUAAUCUGGGCUCAACCAGUUUUGAUUCCUUUCUUUAUGAUACAUUCAGUGAGAUUAACUUACAUCUUAAUAGAAGAACAACAAAAUAGUCAAUACAAUGGACCUAAAUUUAAAUUACCACUUGUUUUAAAUGUUUAUCAAGGUUUAUUGUCAUGUUCUGCACCGAUUUUUACAUUGGUAGAAGCAAUUGCUACUUCCAUGCUUAUUUUAGAAAUUAGACGUUAUGUCAAAGAAACGCUCGAGGAUGAAGAUUUGAUACAUAAUAAGAUUUAUUUUUUGAUAAUAUCGAUAAUUACCAACAUAAUAUCAAUUUAUUUUCUAUAUUAUAUAUAUGAUGGUUCAGGAAUGGAUAUAUUAUCUGCAACUCUUAUUGGUUCUGUUUUGACUUUAGCCAUUACAAUUUCAAUCGUUUGUUUGAUUUUCAAUAAAGGAAGUAUCGUUGAUAUUUCACUUUUGUUUGCUUAUACUAUUUAUUGUAUAUACAUGCUAUCACUUAACUGGAAGGAUGAUGGUACAAAAUUAAAAGGAGGAUAUCGAACAGAUUCAACAAUGCCAAUAUUCGAGGAUCUAAAACCACUUCCGCUUUUAAUAUACCUUGAUUUUGAUUUGAUGGACUUUAUUAAUCUAUUUUACAAUUUAAAUUUUCACAUAUUAUUGAAAAAAUUUUCAGAACUUAUUUUUAAUUUUAAAUAUGUUUCAGUAAUUGAAAAGGCAUUUUCAUUAAACAUGUUUGUAUCAUUAAUUUAUCGAACUGUGAUAAUUUCAAAGUUAUUAUAUUCUGUUCAAAUGCAAGAAAAAAAUGAUGAAUUUGAUAUCGAAGAAGAACAUUUGGGGAAAAGGCUUUAUGAGAUAAUAACGUCAUUAUCUACAUCAAUAAUUAUUGCAGUGUAUACACAUCUUUUACUUUGUCAUUAUGGUUAUUUGGAAUGUGAUGAUUAUUUUUGGAGAUGGAUAGACAUUAUCUUAUGUUGGGCUUUUUACAUAUAUGUUGUUAGAGAAGAGGAGAAUUAUUAUUGA